CUUUCCCAGUGCGGAAAUUCGGUCGAAAACACUGUGUUAGCCGUUCUUAGGUUCCUAUUUGGAAUAAGUGAUUUAUAGUAAAUUUGAGAAACAAACAUGUCUUUAGCAGACGAGCUUCUUGCUGAUCUUGAAGAAAAUGAUGACUCUGACGUUCCUAUGGAAGAACCGGAGCCGAAGUUUAUCCCGACUUCGGUAUCCAAAGUCAUAGAAGAAGAAAUAAAAGUAGCCUCUGUGCGAGAGUUAGCUAAGUUACGAGACUCAGAACAGUUGCAGAAAGUGAUAUCACAGAUUGAAAAGUACAGCAAAGUACCCAGAAAGUCAGCCGAUAUUAUAGGACCUGUAGAAUCAGAUCCAGAAUAUCAGUUGAUAGUUGAAGCUAAUAAUAUGGCUGUAGACAUUGAUGAUGAAAUAGCUACUAUUCAUAGAUUUACAAGAGAUAAGUAUUCAAAAAGGUUCCCAGAAUUGGAAUCUUUGGUAGUAGGACCAUUAGAAUAUGUAAUGACCGUUAGGGAAUUGGGCAAUGAUUUGGACAGGGCAAAAAAUAAUGAGAUUUUGCAACAGUUUCUUACACAGGCAACAAUUAUGGUAGUAUCUGUGACUGCAUCAACAACUCAAGGCCAGUUGCUGACAGAAGAAGAAAAGGAAGCUAUUUGUGAAGCAUGUGACAUGGCAGUAGAAUUGAAUAAUUGUAAAUUAAAGAUAUUUGAAUAUGUAGAAAGUAGAAUGGCAUUUAUUGCACCAAAUCUGUCGAUAAUUGUCGGUGCAUCGACGGCUGCUAAGAUUAUGGGUGUCGCAGGUGGUCUGACAAAACUUUCCAAGAUGCCAGCGUGUAAUGUUCUAGUCCUGGGAUCCCAGAAAACCACACUCUCUGGAUUUUCGCAAGUCACCACUCUGCCUCAUACAGGCUUCAUAUACUAUUCUGAUAUUGUACAAGAGACACCUCCUGAUUUGCGGCGGAAAGCGGCAAGACUGGUAGCUGCUAAAAGCAUGUUGGCAGCCAGAGUGGAUGCCUGCCAUGAGAGCACGGACGGCCACGUCGGACAGAUGCUGCGCGAGGAGAUUGAGAAGAAGCUGGACAAGUUGCAGGAGCCACCGCCCGUGAAGUUCGUGAAGCCGCUGCCGAAGCCAAUCGACCCUGGCCGGAAGAAACGUGGUGGCAAACGCGUCCGUAAGAUGAAGGAACGUUAUGCGAUUACGGAAUUCAGGAAACACGCCAACAGGAUGAAUUUCGCGGACAUCGAGAAUGACGCUUAUCAAGAGGACCUGGGCUACUCGCGAGGUACAAUCGGCAAGGCCGGCACGGGGCGAAUCAGGUUACCACAGAUCGACGAGAAGACGAAGGUCAGAAUAUCAAAGACAUUGCAGAAGAAUCUGCAGAAGCAGCAGCAAUGGGGAGGCAGUACCACCGUCAAGAAACAAGUCUCUGGCACCGCCUCCAGUGUAGCUUUUACUCCUUUACAGGGUCUCGAAAUUGUCAAUCCACAAGCUGCGGAGAAAAAGGUGAACGAGGCAAACGCAAAAUACUUCUCCAAUACAGCCGGUUUCCUGAAAGUCAAGAAAACGUAGAGAAGAAAUGUCUAAUGUAAAAAUAAGCAAGAGGAAAUCAUUGUGUAUUUAUUAUCCUGACUAUAUGAAUUUAGGUACUCAGUUAUCUUUUUUAUUCUUAGCGCGCGUGCGCGUGUAGUUUUUAAUUAUUUAUAUUAGUCUGGUAAAACAAGCGUGGAGGAAACGGAUGAGAUGUGUGAAAAGAGAGAUAGGUAAUUACGAAAGGAACGUAUGUUGAUAUAAUUCCACGUCCUGUUCUUUAAUCAUCUUCAAUAAAUAUCUCGACGUUGUCAUCGA